GGAGUGCGGUAUCAGCUCAGUGUUGAGGUCCUUCAGAACCAUGCGAGCGCCGUUGCUUGCUCACUCAGCCUCCAGAUUUCUGCAUUCCCUUCUUUUCGCCAGCGAUCAUGUUCAUCAAGACUGAGCGCAUACCCAUGACGAGCAGUGCCAGCGGCUCACUCACUGCUGUCGCAGCACUAUGGGUCUUGUUCGCCAUAACGGUCGUCUUCCGAUUUGUGGGCCGCGUUCGAGGGAUAGGCCUUGGUCUUGACGAUAUCCUGUCAGCUGUAGCCUUGAUCUUAUCCAGCAGCACAAUAGGGAUGAACGCUGUCGUAUUCACGAUCGGGGUUGGAUGGGAUUUUGACCCGAGCUCUGCAGUCUACCUGAGGUUGGUGAACAACCUACCAGUAAUCAUGCAGAUCACCUUCGCAUUCACACUGAUCUACAUCUGGUGUCUAGCAGCCCUCAAGUUGAGCCAGCUCGCGCUGUAUAUACGAGUCUUUGCCGACCAGUUGCGGAUCUGGGUUUACGGUGUCGGCGCUGUCGUCGUCAUCUGGGCCCUCACGUUCAACUUCCUCUUCAUAUUCCUAUGCGAUCCUAUCUCCCAGCAGUGGACGAUUGAGCGCGUCGGACACUGCAUGGACCAGAUGCUCGUGUUGAAGUGCUUAAUCAUGACCAAUUUGUUUACCGACCUGUUCAUCGUUGUACUACCAAUCAGGUCGGUGUGGCAGUUGCAAAUGCGAAACACUGAGAAAUUCGCCGUGCUGGCCUGUUUCAGUCUUGGAGGUGCUUGCGUGAUCAUUUCGCUCGCUAGAUUCAUUCAAAUCUACACUAUCGACCUCAUUGGCAACUUGACUGGAACCUCGCUCACCACCUUCAUGCUCUGCAGCAUUGAGCUCAUGUUGGCAGGACUUUGCAUCAACAUUCCCAUGUUACGACCGUUCUAUAUCCGCUUCAGGGCCAAGUACAAGUCAUCAUCGGUGAGUAGCUCCGGUGGACUGGGAUCACACAAACAGCCUGGAUCGAGGCAACCGGGUGCUCCGCCAUUGAGACCUGACAAUUACACGGCGUGGAUUGAGUUGGUGAGUUACUUCAAUAUUAGCUUUGAUGGUGAAAUCUAAUGAUCUGUAGGCAGACAAGGACCAGACUAUGGUCACUUCAGACGAUGCUAGCUCUGAGCGAGAACUUACUGCGAGUCAGCCGAAUGAUACCGCAAUCCACGUACAGAGAGACUGGGUAGUCAGUCGAGUUUAGUAGACGGGAGCGAAGAUAUACGUGGGCG